CAACUUUUAAAUGCAGUAUUUUAUUAAAUUAAAGUUGGACAUACAAAACUACAUACAGUUAAUCCCGUAACAUACUGUCACCGUGUCACGUUGUUGCUAGCUAUAUUAGGUAACCAAAACUUGACGCAUAUAUUAUUCAAUCACUAAUUAGCAUUCGAUAUUUACUACCGUCAGCACAUCUCGAUCUGAUUGCUUGCUACUUCUGGACCCUCUGCAUUACAUCACUCAUAACUCACACACGCCACACUGAACACCAAAUCCAAUUUGAACCCACAAAAUAUUUCCUGUUUGUAUUAUAUAUAUAUUAAUCGAGUGUUUCUUGAAUCUUUCGUCUAAGUCUAUGAAUUAUUGUGCAGCAAUAUAAUAAUAAUAAUCUUUUGCAGUUGCCAGCGAGCUUCCAUACCCCUCGAUCUCUUUAGCAGAAGAAAACAAAUAAAAAUAAUUGUAUAAAAUAAUAUCCCCAACAACCUUAUCUUCAAUCAAUCAAACAUAUAUAUAGGGAAAACCUGUAAAAAAAAUCAAUCAAACAUAUAUGUAUAUCUUAAUUUUAAAGAAAAGCAACAUGUUUCUUGUGAUGUACCUAAAAUUUUGUGCAUGAGCCUCUGAUGCUUUGUCUAGGAAUCAUAAUGGAUUGGAUUAUUUAGGUAAAUUGAGUUAAUUAUUAUGAUUUACAUGAAUAUUUGAUCGAAUUCAAGCAUAUGUAUAUUUAUAAUUUUUUAUUUGAGUUAAGUUUGAAAUUAGUUCAAUUUGAGCCCGACUAUUUUAUUUGAAUCUAGAGUAUUAAACACAUAAAAAAUAAUUUUGACCAUUUAAUUAGCUUCCUUUAACCCAAUUCACAUAUUUAAUAUUAGUGUUUUCACAAAGAUAAAAAUUAAAAAUCAUAUUAAAAUUGAGUAUUUAUAUUCUUUUGAAUAUCCAAUAUAUAAUGAAUCCAAUUUAAAAUCACAUUGCAAAAUUAUAUAUAUGUAUGGGUCAAUAAUAUUAUUACUCAACCAGCAGAUGGAUUCCAAAUUCAGCUGACCCGAUAAAAAAAACGAGUCACAAACACUUGUGGAUCCAUCCGCAUCAAAAUUCCCAAAUUGAAAAUCACACAAUAUCAUUUUCACAAAGAUAAUUAUCAAACCCAUGGACAAUAUUUGAAUAAUUUCAUUUUCACAAAGAUAAUUAUCAAACCCAUGGACAAUAUUUGAAUAAUUUUUGUCGCUUAUCUGCCCGAACGCCAACAAAUGUAUAUAAUAUCUCCAUACCUAUUAUUUCGAAGUGAUAGAUGGAACAUGUGAUGGAAGGCACCGCACAACUUGUUUGACGCAAAAGUAACAAGUUGAUUAAAGUCUCGGUUGCACUACUAUUGAACAAUAAUGUGUGUUUAUUAUAUUUCAGCAGUAACCCCGCGACUUAAGUCUGCAGUCUAGCAUCUACCAGCUGAUUAUCUCUCUCUAUAUAUACUUGGGAGUCAAGCCACCACUUGGUCUCAGAACCAUACCAGAGAGAAAAGUAAGCAAAGCUAAAUAUCAAGCCCAUUCAUUCAUUCAUUCAUCAAAAUGGGCUCAAUGGGGAAGCCGAACAAAGUGCUGGUGAUCGGAGGAACCGGCUACUUGGGCAAGAGGCUGGUGCAGGCUAGCUUGAACUCCGGCCACGACACCUACGUCAUGCACCGGCCGGAGAUCGGCGUAGACAUCGAGAAAAUCCAGCUCCUGCUCUCCUUCAAGAUGCAGGGCGCCCACCUCGUCUCCGCCUCCUUCGACGACUACCAGAGCCUCGUCGAAGCCGUCAGGCUCGUCGACGUCGUCAUCUGCGCCAUCUCCGGCGUCCACAUCCGCAGCCACCAGAUCCUCCUCCAGCUCAAGCUCGUCCAAGCCAUCAAAGAAGCCGGUAACGUCAAGAGAUUCGUGCCGUCGGAGUUCGGAACAGAUCCGGCGAGGAUGGAGGACGCGAUGGAGCCCGGAAGGAUCACGUUCGACGACAAGAUGGUGGUGAGGAGAGCGAUAGAGGAAGCCGGGAUCCCGUUCACUUACGUCACCGCCAACUGCUUCGCCGGUUACUUCCUCGGCGGACUCUGCCAGCCUGGCUUCAUUCUUCCUUCUCGUGAACGCGUCACCUUGCUUGGAGAUGGAAACCAAAAGGGGAUCUACGUGGACGAGGACGACAUAGCCGCGUACACGUUGAAGGCCAUCGACGACCCUCGAACCCUCAACAAGACGAUCUACGUCAAGCCACCAAAGAACGUGCUGUCUCAAAGAGAAGUGGUUCAGAUCUGGGAGAAGUAUAUUGGCAAAGAGCUUCAGAAGACCGUUCUCUCCAAGCAAGAGUUUCUGGCUGUUAUGAAAGAACAAAACUACGCGGAACAAGUUGGACUGACGCACUACUAUCACGUGUGCUACGAGGGUUGCCUCGCGAGUUUCGAGGUUGACGAUGACCAGGAGGCUACCAAGCUGUACCCGGAGGUUCGCUACACCACCGUCGAGGAAUAUCUAAAACGCUACGUUUAGGUAGUCGGAGAGUUUCCGUGGUAUUUCGUUGACGAUAGAAGUCACCAUAUAUAUGUGUGCGCGAUGUCGUUUUAUUAAUGGAGAUUGUGUUUCAUUAAUUAAGCUUGGGUAUCUUCGUUAUGUGGUGGUGUUGUUGUAAUCCUGGCUAGCUAGCUACCUCUACCUGCAGCAGCAGUCUGUAAAGCGUUUUGGGGUUUGAAUAAUGUACAACACCGAGCAUGCAUGUGAUGAUUCCGUCGGUAGUGUAUCAGAUGAGCAUCUAUCCUUCUUUUUUGUUUUGUUUUUUGUUGUUGUCAUAUGCAGUACAAAUAUCCUUGCAAAAAUAAAGUAAAUGAAAAAAAAAUUAAAUGCAGCACGCGAUCGAUAGCUAAUUGAUUCAGUGAUGAUAGAGUUUUUUAUGCGGCUAAUAUUGUUGUACAUGUUUCUCCUUUUCCGAACUUCAGAAACCCUAGCUAGAAUUACUUCACUUAAUGUAGGCACUGAAAAUUCCACACAGCGCGCAAUAAAAGAAAAUUUUGAUGAAUUGUUGAAUAUAUACCUUGCGAAUCUUAAGUUACGAAGUGUUUUGAUACUUGCAUACAUCGUCGAUAAUAGUUAAUAGUGACUUCCGUAGGUUGUUGUACAAAUUGGUAAAUGAAUACUAGUCGUCACCAGAGAUCAAUUUAUUUUUAUAGACAACUGCUUGUAUCAAAUUCAUGAAUUUAAAAUUUAGGGGUCGUUUGGAAGUUGUGAUUGUUAGAGUUGUUUUUGUUGAAUACAUGUAUUGUGCACAAUACAAUAUUUGGAAGUGUCAAAGUGUAAAACAAUGCAUGCAUUAUUUUAGGUAGGUCCCACCAACAAUCACAAAAAUGAUGCAUUAUACAAUCUCAACUAAAAAUACAAUCUCAACUAAAAGUUGUGAUUGUUGCUUUUAGAUUUGUGGCAACUUUUUUUUCCAUUUAUAUCCCUAAUAGUUUUUGUCUUAUGCUAAAAGUUGAGGAUAAAUAUGACAAUUCUCCAUAAAAGUAAUUUUAUGUAAAUCAAUGCAUAAAGCAGAAUCUCAACAACCAAACAAUAUAUUGUUAAAAUGCAUCCAUUGUAUCAAUACAUGCAUUUAUAUUAUUGUGAUUCAUUACAAUGCAACGAUUUAACAUUCGCAACUUCCAAACGACCCCUUAUAUCGAUGGAAAUAAAUUACCAAAUGUGUU